UGAAAAAUGUGAAUAUUUAAAGGAUCAAAAAGAGAGUUUAAAAUAUGAAAAGAUUAAAAAGGUAAAUCCUCUGUGUUGAUACAGAAAUCAGUUGAAAGAUAAUAGACCAGCCCUCUAUAUCAAUAGAGAAGAGCAUGCUCACGUGAAGAAAAUAUAUACGAUUAAUGAGGAAGUUUAAAAGCAAGAUUUACUACUUUGAGAAAUAUAAAAGACUUUGAAACGUUUGGGUGUAAACAAAAAACAAGUGCAUAAAUAAAUAUGCAAAUCUGUGCGCACUAUUCUAUGUUUUAUCUACCAUAAGGAAAAAAUAUUUGUACAAAAGUUCGGAUAAUACCUUUUAAAUCAUUUUCUAGAUUGUAACAAUCAGUCAAUAUGGCAAAUGAAAAUCUUUCAAGGGAUAUGGAGAUAUCAUAUUGUUAUAAAUGCGCGUUGAGAAAAAUAAAAGUUGGAGGUGCCUUUUACUGCCAGGAAUGUUCAAAGCGUCUGUGUAAAGACUGCGCAGCUCUUCAUACGGCUAAGAAAAGACAUAGAGGGCACGAAAUAAGAGAAAUUAUGGAAUACCCGAAGUCACCAAUGACACUCGCAGACAAAGACGAGAUUGGGUCUCUUAUUAAUUCACCCACGGGUUGUCGCCCUAAAAACCAAUACAGCCCUGAACCAAGGAUGCACAGAAAUCAUGCUUACGACGACACAACACCUUCUGAUCCGCCGUACUUGAAUCAAGAUGUGCCCAUCACGGAAGAAGACCUUCAUGAUUACGAAAUUGUUGACUUACAUGCACCAGACAUGGAGGACAACAUUGGAUACAACUUCAUAGUUGACAUAGCAAGCACGCCACUUGCAGAAAAGUGUAAAGUAGUGGGCAAAAAAAUCUUGUUCAUUCACGUGAGAGGUAUAACUGUAAAAGAACCAUCGACUGGAAACGGCGUUUUCACAUACCAGUUAACAUGGAUACGGCGAUAUGGAAACAAAUCUGGAAUAUUCUAUUUUGAGGUUGGACGAAAGUGUCCGCACAGUGAGGGCAACAUUGAAAUGAGGUGUAAGGAUGAAAAAACUGCCAAAGUUAUUCAGAAAUCUGUGCUUAAGUGUACACAGCUAUAUGAAAACAAAAAAUCAAAAGAUAAAACCCUGUGACUGUAUCUGAGUGUGGUUUUUACAAGGCAUGGUUUCAAAAUAGCUUCAAUGGAUUGUUACUAUUUAUAGAUGGAGUGUAUAAUAAUUGGAAAUGUAUUGGAUUUCAGGCAAAACAUGUUUUUCUCGUCUUAAUUGUAUUUUGUUCAGCAAGUACGCUUAAGAAAUCCUUUCAAUGUUUAUACAGAAUACUUGGAUUAAAAUAAUGGUUAUCUGAACUUUUAUAUCACACCAGGCUUCAUAAGUCUCUUAUAACAGGAUUAAACUAAACUCACAAUUUUUGUUUUUCAAUGAUUUGCAUAAUAUUUACUUCUUUAAAAGUUUUUAUUCUAGAGAUAGGAAUUAUUUGUUUGUUAAUUACAUUUAACCAUUUUUCAUUAAUCAAAAUUCAAUUUAGGUAUGUAUUUUGGCUAAGUGAAAUAAGCUACUUAAGCCUGUUAAGCUUAAGAAGUUUCGAGAAAUUGUGGUCAGUAUUCCUGACCAAUUUAGCAUCAGAUAAGAGAAAAGAGCCACUAUGUGUUUCAUUAUAAUGAAUAAAGGAUUGAAAAUACUAUGGCAAAGAAAGUUAAUGUAAGGACCAAGAACAAAAUUGUGCGCUGGUAAAGUAUUCCAGUCCAAGUCACUUGUAACUGGUAUUUUGGGUGGAUGAAAACUGAACACAAUUAAAGCUGAUUUAUGUUCCGUCUCCUGACAAUAUCGGUACUAUUGUUUACAAAGCUAUUGUAAAAUCAUGUUGAUUCUAGCUUUUCAAGUGUAAAUACAAAGAAAUGAGUUGGACAUUAACCUCUUCCCAUUGUUAAUCCAAAGUGAACAUUUUCCUAUUUCUUUUUCUCUGAAUGUCGGAUUUUAGCUUUUAAAAACAGGCGAAACCAUUUCUUUCUUUAAUAUUGUAUCUAUCAUGUGUUUCCAGUCUGAAACAAAACAUCUGACACUGAUAAUGUGUGUAAGACGAUAAUGAGGUUUCCUGAGGUAAAAUUUUAGAUUCAGACCAGAAUCACAGAAUUAAUUUUUUUUCUUGCAUACCUUAAAAGAUCCACUAAUGUAAAUUUGAUGUACAUAACACAUUUCUCUUGUUCAAUUCAUCAAAAAGCAAUGUUGCUUACCCAUGUUAUGAUGCGGGUUAUUUAAGAUAAAUGUUGACCUCAAAAA